AUGGUCUAUGGCGGGAAACCAAGCACGGGGUGCCAGAUUUGUCGACAGAGGCACAUUAAGUGCGAUGAAACUCGUCCUCAUUGUAAGGCCUGCGUCCGAACGGGUCGCUCCUGUCCGGGGUAUCCGCAUCCUCUUGAUGUCAUGCUGAGAGACAGGACUGCCUUCCAGCGGAAGAAAAAGGCCGUUGCAAGCAACAAACAGUCGCAAGUUGCCAAACAGGAUCCACCGGUCUCGCAAGAACAAGCGUCACAGCCAUCAAAUAAUAGUGUGGCUCUGGCACCUGUCACGAGCACAGAUCCUCCGAAUCCUCCGCCUAUGACUAUUAAUUUGCCCCCGCAGAUUCCCGGCUCUUCUUUACUACCCAUGGACGAUACAGUGUCUUCCUUAUUUUUCAAUUCAUAUCUUUUCUUACCAAAAGACCCCCUAAUUCGGCUGGGGUACAUGGAACUUCUUCCGAUCUUUUACUUCAACGCCUCUCUCGACUCACCUUUGCGCUUUGCGGUCCAGGCUGUGUCCUACUUUUCCGUGGCGGCUUGGACAGGCCAGCGAUCGUUGCUUCGUUCUGCAGAACAGACCUUUAUGAAAGCUGUAUCGCGGACUAGACACACCUUGCAAGGUAACAUUGAUCAAAAUGUGGAGGAGAUACUCAUGACAAUUCUUCUACUUUCCACUUUCGAGGAAUUCUCCGCCCUCAAAGAGAACAGAGUCACCAAUAAAGCCCAUCUUCAUGGUGCAAUCGCACUUGUCAACAGCCGGCGCCUUGAGCAACGGAAAACCGCCAACUCCGAAACGCUUGCCAUGGCGGUUCAAACACAGAUUAUCCGGACUUCUCUAGGUCUAGCGUAUCCAAUGGCCCAGACCCCAACUAUAUCUCCACUUCCAAUGCCCAUGGCACACACCGCAUCGGGCCAUUUGACCAUGGUCACGUCCGAAAUUGUGAACCUAAGACAGACAUGGGAUCGCAUCUCAUCUAGUCCCGGAACUUACCAAAUCGACGAACUCAAAACCCUUCUCUCGACAGCAAUGGCCCUUGACAACAAGAUCUCUGUCUGGAAACACAUCCUCCCAGACCGCUGGCAUCCCAUGCCUGCCACCUUCAUCCCCCAAUCCGUCCGAGACGCCGGCGUCUUCCAGAAUCGAUGUGACUGCUACACGGAUAUUUGGAUUGCCUCAACGUGGAACUUCUACCGAGACUCCCGGAUCGUCAUACAAAAUAUCAUCCUAAAUUGCCUACGUCUCCUUCCCGAACAAAGCUCGCCCCACGAAAUCCAAGCCCGGACAGUCUCCAUUCAAAAGCUUGCCACAGGUAUAUGCGCAACCGUGCCGUAUCUUCUUGGCGAUCAAAUGACUUCCGUCCGGAUGGGCCCGCACAAGGUCGAAUACCCCGAGAGCGAGGGCCGACGAGUCACGCCGGGCCACCAGCAAACCGCUCCCCUUUUUGGCGGCUGGUUUGUCAUCUCGUACCUGACGAACCUCUGGUCGCCGGAACUGUGUCUCCAGGAUGAACAGCGGGCGUGGAUUCAGCAGCAGAUGCUGCGAGUGUUGCGGAUAUACACGUUCGAUACGCUAAGGCCCUGGACUAAGGAACAUUUCAGCUGGAGUCCAUGA